AUGGCAGUUCCGACACAAAUUGCAUACAGAACACUGAAGGGGAUUGGUAUCUUGGAUGCCGCACCCGUCUAUCAACCUUUGCCUGGUUUCCAGAGACCCGAAGGUAACUCUCGCUGCUGUACCUAUUCGCCAUGCGGUCGGUACUUUGCUUGGGCUUCUACUGACGGAGUGUCUGUCAUUGACACAAAUGCUGGUCGCAUCAUCACUACCCUUCCUACACCGAAUGUUUACGAAUUGGGCUUCUCUCCCCUCGGUUCAUACGUCAUUACCUGGGAAAGACCCUCCAAGGACGAGAACGGUGAUGCGGUCAAGAACUUGAAGAUCUGGCGUACGGUGGAGGAAAUCGCGGAGGGAGCUGAGAAGGAAGUUGUUGGGAGAUUUGUGCAAAAAUCGCAAACCGGCUGGAACCUUCAAUAUACUUUCGAUGAGAAAUAUUGCGCCCGAAAUGUUACGAAUGAGGUUCAAUUCUACGAAAGUGGAGAUUUGCGUACAGUUUGGAACAAGCUUCGUGUUGAGGGUGUUGCGGAUUUUGCAGUUUCUCCCGGAAACAACUAUUCUGUAGCUGUCUUCGUUCCAGAGCGCAAGGGUCAACCAUCUUCCGUUAAGGUUUUCAACGUUCCUCAAUUCAAUGCCCCGGUUUCACAAAAGACAUUUUUCAAGGGCGACAAGGUUCAAUUGAAGUGGAACCAAUUGGGCACAACUUUGAUUGUUCUCGCUCAAACAGAUGUUGAUAAGUCGAACAAGAGUUACUACGGAGAGACUACAUUGUAUGUGUUGAGCGCAAAUGGUGGAUUCGAUUCUAGAAUCACUCUUGACAAGGAGGGCCCAAUUCACGAUGUCUCAUGGUCACCAAACUCGAAAGAAUUUGGUGUUAUUUACGGUUACAUGCCAGCAAAGACAACCAUCUUUAACCAACGGGCUGUUGCUAUUCAUACAUUCCCCCUUGGUCCUAGAAACACGAUCUUGUUCUCCCCUACUGGUCGAUUUGUUUUGGUGGCCGGUUUCGGAAACUUGGCUGGUCAAAUGGACAUCUACGAUGUCGAAAAGGAUUACAGAAAGAUUUGCACAAUUGAAGGUGGAAAUCCUAGUGUUUGCGAGUGGAGUCCUGAUAGCAAGUAUAUCUUGACAGCUACAACCAGUCCUAGAUUGAGAGUUGAUAACGGUAUUCGAUUAUGGCACGUCACUGGUGGAAUUAUGUACAACGAGGAUAUGGUCGAGUUAUACCACGUUACAUGGAGGCCACAGCGCCCCGAAAGUUUCCCAGCCGGAGACUUCUUGAGCCCAGUUCCUCAACCACAUUCGUCGGCCGUCGCUUACUUGGGUACUGUGAAAACACCAUCCAAGCCAGCAGGAGCUUAUCGUCCCCCUGGAGCACGUGGUCAAGCUACCCCAUCUCACUUCAAGCGUGAAGAUGAAGGUGGAUCUGCUCAUUUCGUCAGCAAUGGUACAUCAAUGGUCAACACAAAUGGCUUUGGUCGAUCUCGUAGACAAGUCCCUGGUGCUGAUCUAAGCGAGAACGCUGUUCCAGGAGCCGCCCCUGCCGUUCCAGGUGCUGUUGAAGAUGAAAAUCUUUCCAAGGCCGCACUCAAGAACAAGAAGAAGCGUGAAGCAAAGAAAGCAAAGGAUGCAGAGGCUAAAGCAGGUGGUCUUGGUGCUGGAACUCCAGAUGCUCCAAGAGGUCCAGGUGGUGAUCGUAGCCCAGAUCGAAGAGAUCGUCAACGUAGUCGCUCAAAGAGUAACAACAACAUGCGAUCUCCAUCUCAGCUUCGAACUCAUGGUAACGGUGGUCCUCACAACCUUCAUCAACAUCCUCACCCCCAUCAAAACCAACGUCAAAAUGGAGGCGUAUCUCCAAAUGGAGGCGCAGGUACACCAACCAGUGCAGGUGGAAUGAAGAAUCUUUCAAUCAACUCGAAUCAAAAACCAAUUACUCCAACCCAACAAUUUUCAACACCGGAAUUGUCGGUCACAAGCCCAGGUGGUGAUGGCAGCCCAUCUGCUAAGAAGAAGAGAGGAUUACAAAAGAAGAUUAGAGCAAUUGAGGAUUUGGAAAUGAGGAGAGCUGGUGGUGAGAAGUUGGAGGAUACGCAAGUGAAAAAGAUUGCUACUAAAGGGGCUGUUCAAGCGGAGUUGGAUGCACUUGAUAGAGAGUAG